CCCUCGUGAUGUCAUUGUGGACAUCCCAUAAUAUUACUGAGCAUAAGCCGUCAACUGGUAUAGAAAUAGUGUUGCUGUCAAGGUAACACCGUCAAGUGUAUUAAAUUUACCUCUUCAGUUGUGAAAGACUAAAGUCCAAAAGGGAAGUUCCGCGUUUUUCCGCUGGUUUGAAUUGAAGGCAUGGAAGACGAGCUGCCCUCCAGAAAGGCGGAGGAGGGUGGUUCAUCUAAGCGGUCACAGAGGCAGCAGGAGCGGCAGGGGAAGCUUCCAAGGAGACACAAAGAGGUGAAAAGGUCUCUUCAGAGGCCGGACUGUCCAGAACACCUGUCUGGGGGAAGCGUACAUUGGUUGCCUGAGCAGCCUGAAUCAGAAGCCUCUGUAUCAGUCGAGGACACGGCUGAGAGUUGCCCAAAAAGAUGGGAUAGAUGCAGACGAGGGCACUUUCUACAUGGACCAUAUCCUGAUACUCAUUUUGGACCCAAAGCUUGUGUUCUACCCAACCCAACCUCAGUCAUGCACAUUCAGGAUCCAGCCAGCCAGCGGCUUACCUGGAGCAAACCACCGCUCAACGUCCUGGUCAUCAGAAAGAUCCGAGACGAGACCCUCCUGGAGCCGUUCAAAGAGCUUUGCCGGUUCCUUGUGGAAGAGAAACAUCUGAUGGUUUAUGUGGAGAAGAAAGUUGUGGACGAUGGCUCUCUCAUGACGGAUGACUCGUUUUCAGCCAUUCGCAAUCAGCUGUGCACAUUCAGGGAAGGGUAUGACGACAUCUCAGACUGCAUCGAUCUGAUUAUUUGUUUGGGUGGAGAUGGGACUCUUCUGUAUGCAUCAUCUCUUUUCCAGGGCAGCGUUCCCCCGGUCAUGGCCUUCCAUCUGGGCUCCUUAGGAUUUCUCGCACCAUUCAAGUUUGAGUCUUUUAAAACAGAGGUGGAUAAAGUGUUUGAAGGUAAUGCUGCCAUCAUCCUGCGCAGUCGUCUGAAGGUUAAGGUGGUGAAAGGCAUGUUCCAGAGGAACGAGCAGCUCUUCAGCACUCAGGAGAACGGAAUAGCGCCUCAUAACCACAUAAAUAAUGAGGCAGGCAAAAUCACACUACAGUUACAGGUGCUAAAUGAGGUGGUGGUGGACAGAGGGCCUUCAUCAUACCUGUCUGAUGUUGAUCUGUACCUGGAUGGACGCCUCAUCACAUCUGUACAGGGAGACGGUGUAAUAGUUUCCACCCCCACAGGCAGCACGGCCUAUGCUGGCGCAGCGGGAGCCUCCAUGAUCCAUCCCAAUGUCCCUGCCAUCAUGGUCACCCCCAUCUGCCCUCACUCCCUCUCUUUUAGACCCAUCGUGGUGCCCGCAGGUGUGGAGCUCAUGAUAACUCUGUCACCUGAUGCUCGCAACACAGCCUGGGUCUCGUUUGAUGGCAGAAAGAGGCAGGAAAUCCAGCAUGGGGACAGCAUUAAGAUCACAACCUCUUGCUUUCCGGUCCCUUCUAUCUGUUGUCAUGAUCUGGUGUACGACUGGUUUGACAGUCUGGCUCAGUGUCUCCACUGGAACAUCCGCAAGAAGCAAACGCGUCUAACAGAUGCCAGUGACUCUUCAGAAACAGAUAACUGAAACAUCACAAAUCUCACACAAGCACUCUCACUGUCUGUUGACUUUACAUUCCAAAAAGUUUAAGAGUUAAGAGUUCAAAAUUGGUAUUUUUACAUUACAUUGCACAUUUCUGUUCAUAGGUUUACAGAUUUCAUUAUAGACUGCAGUCAGUGCUUAUGUGCUACUUGAGAAAUAACACAUUUAGUGUUAGAGGUUAGCGGCAACAAAAAGUUUGGUUAAUCUAAAAUGCCAUUGUGUGACUGCUAAACAUCAUGAUGCAGACAGUAUUUCUUAGAGGACUGUUUUUGCAACUGAGCACUUCACAAUAUACUAAAUAACUGAUCUGAUUUAUUAUAGAAUAUUUUGUAUUUUUUUUUAAGUACCAUUUAUUAUUAACAAAAACAUUAACAUUUAAAUUUGUACUGUAGAUUAAUCAACUUCUAAAUGGUUUAGGAUGGUUUCCUCCACGUUUAAACUUGAAAUGCACAUUAUAGAAGGAAAUGUAAUUCAAUCACUUAGCAUAAAAUUUUUUUUUUUUUUUUUUAUCAAUGUGUAGAAUUUGGCUAAAUUUACAACAAACUUUAUCUACAAACAGACAAAGCUUGACUUUCUAUGUGGUUUGUCAUGAUGGUAGUUCUCAUUUGUAAUAAACUGCAUAAGAACUAGUAUAGCUGAAUGUAUGCAAGCUGUUUACAGUCCGAUGUAAAUAAGAUCCUAUGAUGUGUUUAUCUCAUUUGUAAUAUUUCAAUAAAAAUGUCUUUUAAUGUUGGA